CUAUGGUCAUUGCACAGAUUUUAUUAAUGUGGUUGGUGGUCCUAAAUUGUGAAGUUCUUCAAAAAUGGAUUUGUGUUGAGAAUUUAGAUACAAACUGAACAUAGCACUUGGUAACGAUGCAAUGAAAUUGUUGUGUUUACAAAAUAACACCUCAAGUCACCCAACCUAGAAGUUGUUAUCGCUGCAUAUAUCAAUGCUUGCUGCUGUUACUAAACUAUUACAAUGGGAGACGUAAUAAUACAUUGUCCUUUAUGUUGCAACCAUACCUUUAAUUCAAAGCACCAUUUAAUUGAACAUCUCACAAAUGUUUUAUCGAAUGUAAUUUGUCCAAUUUGCGAUGAUAAAUUGGAGACGUUAGAUCACCUCAAAGAACAUUUGACUCUUGACGAAUGUCAAGAAGUAAACUUACAAGGGAAUUCUUGUGAAAAAGAUGUUAUUUGUUACAAACACGAAGACGGUGUAGAAGAUGGUCAAGAUAAUAUAGAAGAAAUAGAUACAGUAAAUGAAUUAUCUCAUAAUGGAAAUGUUGACAAAAAUGAGAAUUCAGUUUAUGUAGAGCUGUUAGAUGAAAUAAAGCAAACUUCGCAUGGACAAGAACUAAGACUCAUUAAGGAUAGUAGUGAUAGAUACAUGAUAGUGGCAGAUGAUGUUUCAUUGUUAAACACUAGCAGUACUGUUGUUAAACAAAAUAAUGAUGGUACAAUAUCUAUGACCGUUGAAGAACCAAAGAUGGAGACAGUGGUUGAGAAUGAAACAGAAAUUGUUGAUGAUGGGUCUCAGCAACAUAAUACUGGGUUGUAUUCAUGUAAUACAUGUGGAGUGUCUUUCACUUCAGUUCUGGAACAUAUACAAACAUAUCAUAAUGACCAGGAAGUGGUUGUUGAGGAACAAGUGGAUAACAAUGUAGUAGAGUAUGAUAACACAGAUGAGAAUGUUAAUGAAAAUAUGACUGAAAAUAUAGACGAGAACUUGUGCAAUAUUGACAAGCAAGCGUCGCGACGUAUGAUUACAGACGCUGGACUUAUCAUUGAAACACCUUCAGAGUCUCCCGCCACUAGUGAUGUUCGGAAGAAAAAGAUUGAUAAAAAUGUGCCUUACCACAGAGUUGUGAUAAAAGAAAUGGAGACAGCUAUAGGCAACAAAAUCAAAUUUUACAAAUGCACAUUGUGCAAUGUUCAUGUCUCAGUAUUAUCUGAGUUCAAAAAUCGUCCUUGUAAAGCUUUAAGAUUCCCCUGCAUGCUCUGUCCAGUGGCUUACGAUAACCAGAAAUCGCUCAGUGCACAUAUGAAAGUGCAUAAAACAAAGCCAGGUGAACUAGACUUAGUAGACACUCCAACAACGUUUGUAUGCAACGUUUGCUCGACAGUAUUCCCCACAAGAAAAUCAUUAAAGCUACACAAACGAAUGCACGAUCCUGUUAAGUCUCGUCCAAUAGAACCUCCAGUACAGACACUGGAAGGUAACACGGGCAGUGAGGAGAAGUAUGUUUGUUCAGUUUGUUUCAAACUGAUCCCCGAGGACUACCGCGAGAUACACGAGAAUUCGCAUCUCAGCCCCAGUACCAAAGUCAACUGCGAUAUAUGUAACAAGAAGUUCCAAUCAAUGCAGGAUCUGAAGAUGCAUAUGAAUGUACAUAAUAUUGAUAAGGUUUUUUCUGGCAAAGAAGAUAAAUCAUUACCUUACAAAUGUUUAUAUUGCAAUAGAAAGUUUGCUAGACCACAUGAGAAAGUGAAACACGAAAGGAUACAUACGGGCGAGAAGCCGCACACGUGUGAGAUCUGCGGCAAGUCGUUCCGCGUGUCGUACUGCCUCACGCUGCACAUGCGCACGCACACCGGCGCUAGGCCCUACACCUGCCCGCACUGCGGGAAGAGGUUUAAAGCACAUAGUGUGUACAAUCAUCACCUCCUUACGCAUUCGGAUGUGCGGGCGUACAAGUGUCCGCUCUGCCCCAAGGCCUUCAAGACGUCCGUACAACUCGCGGGACACAAGAACUCACACACGAAACCCUUCUCUUGCACACAGUGUAAUCGACCGUUCGCAUCACUGUACGCCGUGAGACUUCACACUGAGGUACAUUUACGGGAGAACAUUCUCAAGUUCUCGUGUUCCCUGUGCGGGGCGAGCUACGCGCGAGCUUUCGCACUCAAAGACCAUAUCAAGCAAGCACAUAAAGAUGCAGUUGAUAAUAAUAUGAUUGAUGUGAAGAGUUUUGGUGUGCAAGUGGGAGACGGCGACACUGACGAUCUGGUUGUUAUUGACUUCGAUAAACAAUUGUCUCAAGAGAUUGACACGGACUCGAAUACGCCCGAUAUGAUUAUUUCUUAACUUAAGGUGCUGAAUUUUGUGUAGAUAUUUUUGUAACUAUAGGUUGUACAAGCACUUGUAUAAUUAUUGUCGUCUCUUUCAGUAUCUGUUAAAAAAAAGAGACAAAAAUGUAUCAUCACAAGUCGUGCAAGAAUUUUACGAU